AUGCUAUUGUUUGUCGCCGCACUAGCACGACUGGCGCUAUGCGACGAUGAUGCUACGUGGUAUUCAUCAAGGAUCUCCUCUCCCAGAGGAGGAUCCAGGACUCUCAUCAAGAGGGCUGCCGACGUCGAUCUGUGUCAGAUGCCACCAGACAGCGGUACAUGUAGCCGAGAGUUGAUCAGGUACUACUACGAUCCAAAAGAAGGCGACUGCAAGCGUUUCACUUACUCGUGA